GGCCAUGGAACCCAUAGCAGGGCCUGUGAUCUACCAGAAGCUCUGGUCUGAGGAGGAAGAGGGUGAGAUAUCAGAGCAGCUCGUUCCACAUCCCUCGGGGCCCCAGGACUCCUCUGGGAACAAGGCUGGCAGUCUGCCCGGGGCCUGGGCCCAGCUGGUGGCUGCCCUGCUGCUGGUGGCCAUUGGCUUCUCCCUGGCCGUGAGGCAACUCUAGAGCUGUGCCUCUCCAGGAACCUUGGGCUCUGGGGCCCCUCCAGCCAGUGGGCGCUCCCACAGGCCUGGCGUGUACCACCGCGGCAGCAUCAUCAGCCCUACAGCCACGUGCUCCCACCUGGGUCGAGAGCUGUCUGUUGCUGGGGGCAACGUCGUGGAUGCUGGACUCGGAGCAGCUCUGUGUCUGGCGGUGGUGCAUCCUCAUGCCACAGGGCUAGGCACCGUGUUCUGGGGCCUCUUCCAUAGUAGCUCCUCAGGCAACUCAACCGCCCUGACGUCAGACCCCGGCCUGGGGCUGCCCUCGGCUCUGCCUGCCCUGCAUUUGCUACACAGCUUUGGCCGCCUGCCCUCGCCACACCUGCUGGUAGGCCCCACCAUGCUGGCUCAAGAGGGCUUUCUGGUAGACGCAGCCCAGGGCACAAAGGGCCUCUGUCCCCUACUUUGCCACACUGAUGGGACUCCCCUGGGCCGAGCCACCAACCCCAAACUGGCAGCUGUGCUCCACCGGGCUGCACUUGCUCCCACCCCAGACCUUGCCAGGGACGCUCUACUGAGUCUCGGGCUGGAGGGCCCCUCAGCUAGGCCCAUGCCCACCUUGGAGCCAGCACUGCAGCUACCUGUGCCCCAGGGCAUCCUGUUCACCACCCCCAGCCCCUCAGCUGGCCUGGAACUACUGGAGGCAGCUCUACAGUCCGGGGCGCAGCCCUGCCCAGCACCCCUACAAGCUGCCGUCAGCCCCGGGAGCAGUGUCCUGGCCACCGUGGACAGCAGCGGCUCUGUGCUCCUUACCUCCUCGCUCAACAGUUCCUUCAGCUCUGGACGCCUGUCCCCAAGUGCCGGGGUUCUACUCAGCAAGCUGGUGGCCAAGUCUGCAAACAGUGCCUGGGCCUGUCCCCUCAUCCUUCUUGACAGCUCAGAUGACACGGCCGACGUGUUGGGGCUCAUGCCUUCAGGGACCCCUGCAGCUGCCAGAGUCAUGACUCACUCACUGCUCAGCCACUUGGCUGGGCCCCAAACCCAGGCCUAGCAAGGACCAACAGAGAGCCCCGGAGCUUGUGGCCAAGGGACCCUGCUUCAGGUGUCAGCCCACGCAGAGCAUGCCCAUGUCUCCAGUGUCCCCAGUGGCUGCUGCUCCUUUCAGGGGUUUUAA